AUGCACAAGGGGGGGGCGGCAGAGGAAGCAAGGGAGGAAGAGGCGAAGCUAGAAGCUGAUGUGAUGGAGGAGGGGGAGGACAUGGGGGGGGAGGAGGGGCGCAUGCUGGGGGACGGUGGGCGGAUGGACGGGGAGGGGGGGCGAGGGGAGGGGGAUGGAGGGCGGAGGGAGGGGGUGGAAGAGCGGGGGGACGGGGAGGAGGGGCGUAUGGAGGGGGAGGAGGAGCGCAGGGAGGGGGAGGAGGGGCGGAGAGAGGAGGGGGAGUGGUGCGGGGCGGAGGGCGCAGGGGGGGCGAGGCGAGGAGGGGUGGAGUUGCGGGCGGCGUGGGGGGGGAGGGGGGCGCGGGACUUGUCUGAGAAGCGCCUCUGCAGGCGCGACUCACUGCCACUCAGCUGCUCGGGGGACAGGGAGAUGGCAGCAGAUAGAUAG